AACUCAUCCAUAUCAAAAAUGAGUUCACAUAACUUUCAAACUUUAUUUUUCUUUUGUCUUUUUAGUUUCAUUGUUUCUUUUUCUCAUGCGUUCAACAAUGGUUUUAGUGUUGAACUCAUCCACCGUGAUUCUGAAAAAUCACCAUUCUUUCAACCUAACCAAAACAAAUACCAAAGUAUUAUCGAUGCCGCUCGUCGUUCAAUUAAUCGUGUCAAUCAUAUCUCUAAAAAUGCAGCAAAAGAUACACCACAAUCAACCAUACUCCCCGAUGGCGGUGGAUAUCUCAUGACCUAUUCGGUUGGUACUCCACCAUUUAAGCUAGUCGGUAUAGCUGAUACCGGUAGUGACAUUGCUUGGCUUCAAUGUGAGCCUUGUGAAACAUGUUUCAACCAAACCACUCCCAAGUUUAACCCAGCAAAAUCGUCUACUUACAAAAACAUUCCUUGUUCAUCCGAGGUAUGUGAAUCAGUGAGAGCUUCGAAAUGCGACGGACAAAACAAUUGUGAAUAUACUAUUUCAUAUGGUGAUGGAUCACAUUCAGAAGGCGAUCUUAGUGUUGAUACUCUUACACUAGAAUCCACCACUGGCGCUUCCGUUUCAUUUCCUAAAACCGUGAUAGGAUGUGGAACGGACAACACUGUUUCAUUUAAGGGCCGAAGCUCCGGUAUAGUUGGCCUCGGCGGUGGACCAGUGUCUUUCAUAACACAACUAGGAUCCUCAAUUGGUGGAAAAUUCUCUUAUUGUUUACCACCAUCAUCGCUCACAUCAGGUUUUUCAAAUGCUACGAGCAAACUCAAUUUUGGAGAUGCUGCAAUUGUUUCUGGUACUGGUGUUGUUUCAACUCCUAUUAUUACCAAGAACUCCGAUAUCUUCUACUAUCUGACAUUAGAAUCAUUUUCCAUCGGAUCCAAAAGAGUUGAAUUCGCAUCAUCAUCAUCAACUAAUGCUGCUGGUGAGGGUGGUGAGGGUAACAUCAUCAUUGAUUCUGGUACAACAUUGACGCUUCUACCGACCGACAUCUAUUCUGAGGUGGAGUCAGAAAUCGCAAAAGUGGUGAAACUCGAGCGUGUUGACGAUCCUGAUAAUGUAUUUAGCCUUUGCUAUACUCUCACAUCGGAAGAACCUGAUUUUCCUGUAAUCACCGCGCACUUCGAAGGUGCAGAUGUUGUGUUGCAACCUAUUAGUACUUUUGUUCAAAUUUCUGAUGGAAUUGCUUGCCUUGCGUUUCAAGCCUCUCAAGAUCUUUCAAUCUUUGGAAAUUUGGCGCAACAAAAUUUCUUGGUUGGGUACGAUCUUGAAGCAAAGAAGGUGUCGUUUAAGCCUACUGAUUGUUCUAAAGAGUAGACGAUUCUCGUAGACAUUGUUUUCAUUCUUCUUUGAGUUUCAGUUUGUGUGUGUAAUAAAGGUUAAUUCAAGUUUGUAUUCGGUCAUUAUUUUUAGCAUAUUAUUUCUGCGUGUCCAACAAUUAUCAUAAACGAUAAAAAAAAAUGUCUAAUGAAUGUUAUUUUAUUAAUAAAAAGACUUAUAAUUUAGAUA